AUGUACUCUAUAUGGAGACAACCGGAGGAUUUUAAAGUGGUAGAUCAUGGAGAAAAUAUAUUUCAAUUCUUUUUUGGAGAUGAGAAAGAUAUGCUUCGUUUUGAGAGGGGUGCCCCUUGGCUAUUCAAAAACUAUAUCCAGAAUCUUAGGAGAUGGAAGGAGGAUGAGAAUAAUGCAAAAAUAUAUUUUGUCCACGUGCUAAUAUGGAUACAAAUUAGGGGUUUGCUAGAACAAUUCAAGACUAAAGAAUCAGGAAGGAAGAUAGGAGGCUCAUUUGGAGAGGUGCUAGAUGUUGAUCUCUUCCACGUUCGAGGCGAGGAGCAUAGCAUUGUUAAAAUCCAGGUAAACUUGGAUGUAACAAAAUCUCUCAGAAGAUACAGCAAGCUUGCUGGCCUCAAAAACCAACAACUUGAAGUUGCACUAAAGUAUGAACGGAUCGGCACUUUUUGCAAUUAUUGUGGAUUCAUUGGACAUGAGACAAGAGCUUGCAAUUUUCAAAUUGAAGAUUCGUUGAAGGGAGAGGUGGAAGAAGAAAAGUGGGGAGGAUUGGUUGAAAGCCGACCAGACGGGAAGAAGAAAGAGUGCUACGAACGAUAA